AUGCAUGUCGCCCAGAAGUGCCGUGAUGACGCCGGGCAUGCUGGGGGCGGGGCCAAGACCAUCCGAGAAAUUGUGGCUCAGAAACACAUGUACUGCUUCAACUUGACAUCUCUGCAGGAUUCGGAGUUGAUCCUGGCUGCCACCUUCCACUUCUCGCCUGAGAAAUGCAGCCGGCAUCACAAGUCACUUUGCAGAUGCUCAGAGAACUCUGCUUGCCACCUUCUUCACUUGCCCCCGGUGUCGUGGCUCAACGUGGUCUUCCACAGUUUUGGAGAGAACCUGGCCUACGAGCAACUCAAAGAGAACGUCGAUGUGUCUCCUCACCGGCAGGAGGCCUGGUCGCAGAAGGACAUCUCACACAUCAUCCGACGAUCGAGGCGAUUCGGUGGGCUUCUCCUGUGCGCUGAACUUGACUCUGGGAAGAAGUACCGCAGUGGCGUCUCUGAAGAACCUGCCUCCCACUGGCCGUACAUCCUCGUUUACGCCAAUGACUUAGCCAUAUCAGAGGCCAACAGUCUGGCCCUUUCGCUCCUGCGGUACGACCCAUUCCCUUCCGCCGAGAGUCUUUUGCUCAACUCUUCUAGAAGCAGCCGUACGAAGAGGGGUGCACACCCAUCCUUCCCUGUCCAGAGCAAUGAAUUGCCAGGGACGGUGGAGAACAGGAACAAGCCUAGCAAACAGGACUUAUGGAGGAGGGCAUACAAGUCCCUCCAAUCCAAAGCCUCGCACGGAGACCGGAAGAGGAAAGGGCAGGAAGAUGCCGAGACGCUCCCUAAGUCUCGGGUAUUAAAUUUCGAUGAGAAGACGAUGAAGGAAGCCCAACAAAAGCAGUGGAGUGAACCGACCGUUUGUUCUAGAAGAUACAUGAAGGUGGACUUUGCUGAUAUCGGCUGGAAUGAAUGGGUCAUCUCUCCAAAAUCCUUUGAUGCGUACUACUGCGCAGGGGGCUGUAAGUUCCCGAUGCCCAAGAUCGUGCGGCCGUCGAACCAUGCCACGAUCCAGGGCAUUGUGAAGGCCGUCGGGAUCAUUCCAGGCAUACCAGAGCCUGCCUGUGUACCCAACGCAAUGAACUCCCUGAGCGUCCUCUUCCGAGACCGGAGCGACAACCUUGUGCUGAAGGUGUACCCUAACAUGUCCGUGGACAGCUGUGCCUGCCGAUAGGCUGCUUCAUCGCACACGCACACACACCACACGCACACACACAUGAUAUGGAAUGAAGCCAGAAUUUGUGGUCUGGUUCAGUUGGAAAUGGGAGUUCUUUGUCCGUUUAAUUCCCCGUUUCCGGAUGAGGCUCUGAAGCGGUGAGAUAUUUCUCCC